UCUGAACAGACCACGUCCAUUGCCGCUGCUGUGAGAACCCUGGGCAGUUGAAACCUUAUCAGAAAAGUCAAUGUUAUUCACAUUGAGAUGUUUGUUACUGUGAUUUUGGAUGAAGGAAGAGAACAGCUAUUGAACCUAGACUGCAGUAUUAUAUACUUUAUCCAUUGUCUAAAAGAAAAAUGCGGUCUGGAUCUGGAAGAUAGUGUGGAUUUAAUGGAUAGGGAUGGUAAGCUGAUGAACCUGACAGAGAGAGUGCAGAGCAUUGAUCUUGUCAGCAGUGUGCUGAAGGAGAGAGAGACCUAUAUUCCAGUAAGGGUGUCACGUGAAGGAAUGGAAGGACCUAAAUAUUCUGCAGUGUUUGACUAUGGGACCUGUCACCCUGAGCUCACAGAGGUCCUUAGAAAGUUGUCAAAUCGUGACAAAAGGGGCGUGGUAUCAAAAAAGGGAGGAGUCAGUCAAAACCGCAUCAAAGCUGCUGUCAGGAAGAGUAUGGCAAUACCUCGAAGCUGA